CACAAAAUUUUCAAAAGAUUUGCCGCUAAAUUCCAUUUUCUACAAUAAGAUCCCCAUCCUUAAAACCUCAGCAUCCGGUAAAAUUCAUACUCAUUUAUGCAUCGGCAAAUAGCAACAACAGUGAUGGAGAACAGCGACGAUUUUGAAUGUUUUCCGCCCCUCGAAGCUCCUUCCUCUCCCGUCCCUGAGAGAAAGCUGAAAAGACUGAAGAAAGCUAAGACCCUCUUACAUAAUUCACCCAAGUUUGAAACCCUGGAUCCCGAUGGAUCAAAUACCCUAGAUUUCGAGCAAGAGAAACUUGAAACCCUAGAUUUUGGGAAGUCAAUCGAAACCUUAGAUUCCAAGAAAUCAACUAUCCAAGAUGUCCAGGAAGAGGAACAUGAAACCCUAGAUUAUGAGAAGUCAACUAGCCAAGAUUUGGAGGAAUCCAAUUCUGGUUCUCACUCCGGAUCGGAGAGUUUUGAAAAGGAGAAUGGCUUGGAUUCUGAUGCUGAUAGUCUGGGUAUUCAGGAAGACGUAUCUGGUGCUAAGAGAACUUUAGAUUUUGAUUCUGUGUCUGAGGAAUAUGAUGGAAGACGUCAAGAUCAAUUUGAUGUCAUGGAAAUGGAAAAGGAUAAGGAAAGUGAGGAUCUGAAGGUGGAGGAUUUGGAGAAGAAACGGCUACAUUCGGAUGCUUUUGGGAACAAGAAGGAUAAAAAAAAGAGAGUCAAGACUGUUGAUGAUGAUGGAAAACCUAAGUCAGCUGUUUUCUCAAAAAGAACUGUUAAGAAGAGAAAAGAACAGCUAAAGGAACUCCGAGCCGAGUCUCAGAGACUGUUGCGAGAAACCAGGGAUGCAGCUUUUAAAUCUGUUCCCCUUGUUCAAAAGCCUAUAUCUUCAGUGUUAGAAAAAAUUCGGCAAAGGAAGUUAGAGGUUUCAAAAAAAUGUGUCAAAUCCAGCAAAACUUCUUUUAUUGAUGAUAUAUAUGAUGAUGAGGAUAUUUUAAGAGAGGUUGUGGUUGAGGCUGGCUCUGAAAUUGCUCACAAAGAUGGUAGAGGAGAUGGGGUCCCAAGAGCUGCGAGUAAGACAGCUAUUCGCUGUCCUGCUGAUGUAGAGAGUGGCUUAGGUGUCUUCUCUACUGAUGCAUCUAAAAAUACUGUACAUCCAUCAAGUCAUGAAGUUAUCCCCACUCAGAUGGCUGCAGAUGAGGAACCAAAUCAAGCAUUUCGAGCUCCUAUCGAUGAUACUCAGCACCUCUUUGCUGAUUCCCAAACAAGCAACUCCAAAGAUGAGCUCCCAGAUGAGAAACCUGACAGUCCUCUUGAAGAAGUUCUGGCACCAUCGUCACUUGCUAUGAACUUGAAGCUUGAUUCUGUUCUCCCUGAUGACGUUUCUGAUGAAGAGGAUAAUUACAAAGAGAACAUUGAUCCUUCUCUAGAAAAAUUGGAUGAUUUAUCUUUGUCUCCAAAUGGUGACCCUGUUAAAGCAUUUGUUGAUGAUGAAGCUGAGGAAGAAGAUGACAGUGACAAUGACCUAUUGCGUUUUGAAGAUAAUGAAGAAGAUGAGGAUAUUGAUGAUGUUGAAGAACUUGAGGAUAUGAUAGCAACUGAAUAUAGAGAAAAACCAAUUGACACUGAAAGGCGUAGUGAACUCCAUCAAAAGUGGCUUGAGCAACGGGAUGAAGCUGGAACGGAAAAACUUUUGCAGAGAUUUAAAUGUGGUUCAAAAGAAAUUGAAACAUCUUUGGUGGAAGAAGAAGAGGAAAGUGAAGAAGACAAUGAGGAGUUUGGUGAUGAAGGUAGUGAAGAUGUGACUCCAUCAAAUGUUGUGCGAAUGAAUCUAAGAAAAAUAAAGGAAAUGAUUCCUCAAAUGUUUACAGACAAGGAUGAUUUAUACAUAUCUGAUGAUGAAGAAACUGAAAAAAGCGCAGUUAAGCUGGCCCUCUCCGAGAAGUUGGGAGAGCAGGCUCCAUUUUUGUCACCAGCAGAGGAUAAAGACUCCAAAGAAGUUUUUGGUCUCAUAAAAAGGCUGAAUGUUGUCCCUGACUCAAGGAGAAGGGUAAAAACAUCAGCCCUUUCUGAUAUGCGGCUUAUAGGACACAAGGCAGUGUCGUCAAAGCCAUCUUUCCUGGGUCGAGGAGCAAGACAUUCUUGUCCAUUACCUAAGAAGCAUGGCUCAAGCAUGGUGCGCUCUUUUAUCUUUGAACGAGAUGAUAGCAAUAGCAAGACUACAGUCUCAGAAGGUUCUUCAGAAACGACUCAGGGGGGGAAUCAACCUACAAAAACUGCCGCAACUAGACUUUAUAAUUCACAAAUUAAAUCUAGUACUCGAAAAACAAAUGCUGCAGAACAAACAAGUUCAGGCACUGCAUUAUUUGAGAUAUUGAAACGUUCUUCAUUGCAGUCCAGCCAGUGCACUCGGCACAGUGUGGCUACUCACACUGAAUCAGUAUUGGCUACGUUCAGAUUGCAGAAGCCGAUAAAGAAAGAGCCUAAUUUGUCUAUAAGAACUCUUUAAGGUUCUUUGCCCAUAAAAGUGUUCAUAUUAUGUUUAAUUUAGAUAUCUUAUAGUCAAGUAAUGCGUCUGCUGAACUGUUUAAAACUAUGUUGAAUCUUCCUCUUCCUUUAAAAAAACAAAAAAUUUAUAAAAUCCAUUAUAUUGCUUUUGAAUAGUUA